AUGGAUCAUAACUAUGGCGACUACAACGGUUACUAUGGAGGCGGACGGUAUCGGGAUGCAGAACAGGCCCAGCGUGACGGCAGCAGACUCAUAGCAGGCGGCGAGAACCAAGAUCCGUUUCGCGACGAAUCCGUGUCCCACUACUCAGAGGGCGAUAAUGGACCGGAAACAGGUGUCAACACGGCCGGCACCGCAGAUGUCGGCAUCGAUCCGUUUGCAAACCCGGCCGGGACCCCUUUGGCAUCUCGCCCACAGUCCCUGUCAGGCCAGAGUGCGCUCAUCCUCAACCACCGCAUGGAGGCUCAGGCGCACCGUUACUUCCACAGCCGGCGUGUGCCCAAGGGUUCGGUGGAAAAGCCGUGGCUAGCCAAGAGCUACAAGGACCCGAAAGAGAAAUGGGUGACGAUCCUGCCGCUUGUUGGCAUCGCUGUUGGCUUGAUCCUGUCGGGCCUGCUCGUCUGGGACGGGUUGAAGAGUGUGGUCAAGCACAAGUACUGCCUGGUGCUGAGCGACGACUUCUCGCAAGGGUUCCGGCCAGACCUGUGGAGCAAGGAGGUGCAGGUCGGCGGGUUUGGCAACGGCGAGUUUGAGCAGACGACGGCCGACGACGAGAACGUCUUUGUCAAGGACGGCCACCUAUGGAUCAAGCCGACGCUGCAAGACGCCACCCUCAUUGAGAAAAGCAGCAUCAUCGACCUGCUGGCGAACCACACGUGCACGUCGACGGUCUGGACAGACUGCGUGGCAGCCACGAACACGACGUCGGGCAACAGCAGCAUUGUGCCACCGGCGCGGUCGGGGCGGAUCACAUCCAAAAACAGCGCGUCCAUUGCGUACGGCCGCGUCGAGGUCACGGCACGCCUGCCCAAGGGCGACUGGCUGUGGCCGGCCAUUUGGAUGAUGCCGAUGAACGACACCUACGGACCGUGGCCGGCGUCGGGCGAGAUUGACAUUAUGGAGGCCCGCGGCAACAACUACAGCUACUCGCUUGGCGGCGCCAAUGUCAUGUCGUCGGCGCUGCACUGGGGCCCUGCACCGGCGUACGAUGCCUGGUGGCGCACCAACAGCAAGCGCUCGGCGCUGCACACGACCUUUGGUGACGACUUUAACACAUUCGGCAUCGAGUGGUCCGAAAAGUACAUGUUCAUGUACAUCAAUUCGCGUCUGAUGCAGGCUCUGUACAUCAACUUUGACCAGCCCAUGUGGCAGCGCGGCGACUUCCCCCAGGACUCGGCCGCGGCCAACUACACCAAGGUCAAUACUGUGUGGGCGCAGACGGGGCGGUCCAACACGCCGUUCGACCAGCCGUUCUACCUGAUUCUGAAUGUCGCUGUGGGCGGCACCAAUGGAUGGUUCAAGGACAACUCGGACGGCAAGCCCUGGUUCGACGGCAGCCCCAAUGCCAAGCUGGACUUUUGGAACGCACGCCACGAGUGGUACCCGACGUGGACGCAGCCGCAGAUGGAAAUAAGCAAGGUACAGAUGUGGCAGCAGUGCGAUGCCGGUGAAGAGCUGUAA